AGGAAUGGAUUCCAGCUUUCAGACUGGCCAUGCCUGAUAAACUUGGAAUGAGAUACUCAGGUCGCCCAACAAUCAGGCCUGCCUCUGCUCAUGAUCAACUCGACCUUGCUUUUGAUGUUGGAGCUGCAGUGGAUGCAUGGUGGAGUGAUGGCUGGUGGGAAGGGGUAUUGACUGGCUUUGGUCACUCCAGUGAUGAAAUUCAUCAAGUGUAUAUUCCAAGUGAAAAUUUAUUUUUGAAUGUAGACAGAAAAAACCUUAGAAUUUCAAGAGAUUGGGUGGGAGAUCAGUGGGUGGAUAUUGAGCCGAAUCCGAAUGUUCUGUCAACCAUAUCUGAAGAUGUCAGCCCAGAUACUAAGCUUUCUGUAACUUCGACUAUUAAGGAGGCCAAAUCUGAUAGUUUUCCUAUGUCAUCUAAUGAGGUUCCCACCAAUAUCAAACUCGGUGGUGCUGAAGAGGACACACCUAAAUUAGAUGGCUUGGCAUCAUCUGAUGGCCUUUUGAAGUACAUGGACCAGGACAAUUAUGAGCAGCAACAAUUGAUUAAGGACAUGGACAAGGAAGAUGAUGGUCAUCAUCCUGAUGACAUAAAUGAGAAGGGCAAUACUGAUCAUCACCUUGGUGAUGAUGAUGUGGAUGAUUUAGAUAAUAAUGGAAUUAACAAAGAUGAUGGUGAUGAUAAUGAUGAAGUUGACAAUGGGGACAACUUAGAGGUGCCUGAAACUGCUGGGCCGAUAUGUGAAGCAGAACUCAUGGAAGUGGGGGCAUAAGAAGUUGGUAGUGUCGCAUUCUCUAACAAUGGCGAUGGUGAUUUAGCUGGUUUGAUUGUAGGACAUUCUGUAUAUAACCUUAGGUGUACAUCAAUGAAGUUGUGGCGGGUUCUGUCGUUUACUGAUUUUUUCUGGAGCAUGUAAGGGAGAACCGCACAUUUAGAAGCACUCUUGCAGUUUGGAUCUUUUGCAGCCCGUAAGUUUUUAGUGUUUUCCUGUAUUUGAAUGUCUACACAUGAUAUUGGAGCUUUCUGUAAUACUAUAAUUAUCAUGAACCCUCUGUUGUUACUUUUAUAUGAUUAUGACUUGCUAUCUUUGUUGAUUGUUAAGUACUAUGGUG